AUGGGUGAACAUUUUGUGGAGUUCAUGCAGAACAUGUUCAUCAACAAGCAUGCAGAACUUGCUCCCCCACUCCUGCCUGAUGAAGAAUACUGGUAUUUACCGAUAUUUGGUGUGUACCACCCUUUGAAACCUGGGAAGAUUAGGGUGGUGUUCGAUUCCAGCGCUCAGUGUAAAGGCAUUUCUUUAAAUGACACACUUCUUCGUGGCCCAGACCUGAACAACAAGUUACUUGGGGUCUUGAUGCGUUUCCGGAAGGAACAAGUCGCAGUAACAGCUGAUGUAGAACAAAUGUUCUACUGCUUUAAGGUUAGGAAAGAUCACCAAAACUUUCUGAGAUUCUUGUGGUUUAAAGACAAUGAUCUCUCUAAGGAAAUCACAGAGUACAGAAUGUCAGUGCAUGUUUUUGGGAACAGCCCAUCUCCAGCUGUGGCAAUUUAUGGAUUGAGACGGGCAGCAGAUUGGGGAGAAGAAGAGUAUGGUGAAGAGGCCAAACAGUUCAUCCAUAGAAAUUUUUAUGUGGACGAUGGUCUGAUCUCUGUCUCUAGUGCAGCUGAGGCCAUCAGUCUUCUGAAAAACACCAAAAACAUGUUGUCUGAGUCUAACAUUAGGCUUCACAAGAUUUCGUCAAAUAGCCAUCAAGUUAUGGAAGCAUUUCCUGCAUCUGAUAGAGCUAAUGACCUAAAGGAUCUGGAUCUAACCAUCGAUCCCCUACCUCUUCAACGAAGCUUGGGGGUGAGCUGGAGUUUAGAGACCGAUUGUUUAACAUUUCAAGUAUCACCAGUUAAUAGACCAUUCACUCGACGAGGCAUACUUUCAACAGUUAACAGUCUCUAUGAUCCUUUGGGGUUUGUAGCUUCUGUCACUAUACAGGGCAAAGCCUUAGUAAGAGAGCUGUCAUCAGACCAAGUUGACUGGGACACACCACUCCCAACAGAUAAGGAAACCCAAUGGAAGGUUUGGACAAAUUCAUUAGCAGACCUUAGGAAAGUUCAGAUUCCCAGACCCUACAUACCCAUCUCUAUGUCCCAAACUUCUGAGAGAGAGGUGAUCAUUUUUUCUGAUGCGUCUACACUGGCCAUUGCUGCGGUUGCCUAUCUCAGAGUUGCAUCUAUAGAGGGUCAGUGUCAUGUUGGGUUCAUCAUGGCUAAGUCAAAAUUGGCACAAUAUCCUGCUCAGACAGUGCCACGUUUAGAACUGUGUGCGGCAGUCCUAGCUGUUGAACUGGCAGAACUAAUUACUGAAGAGCUGGAUAUGGAAUUGACAACAGUAAAAUUUUACACUGAUAGUAAGAUUGUCUUGGGAUACAUCUACAAUACCUCUCGAAGAUUCUAUGUGUAUGUUGCAAACCGAGUGGCACGAAUUAGAAGCUCCACAAAACCUGAACAGUGGCAUCACAUUAGUUCAGAGCUGAACCCAGCAGAUCUUGGAACUAGGUUUGUUCCAGCAGAUAUCCUUCCUCACACCAAUUGGUUCUGCGGUCCAGAAUUCCUGUGUAAGCCUGACCUCGGAGCUAAGGAGGAUUCAUUUGACCUGGUAGAACCAGGGAAGGAUCAGGAAAUCCGUCCUCAAGUGACAACAUUGGUCACUAAUGUAACAGAUCAAUCUCUUGGAUCACACAGGUUCAAACGCUUUUCAGAAUGGACAUCACUUGUAAGAAGUAUAGCAAAUCUCAUUCAUAUUGUGCAAUCCUUUUCUGAUAUGAAAUGUACACUAGAUUGCAAAGGCUGGCACUUGUGCCAGAAAAGUCAUCAGGUUGACUGGACACAAGCGAAAACUUUUAUAAUACAGUGUGUGCAGCAAGAACAUUACAGUGAGGAACUCAAAAAGUUGAGAAAGAGAGAAGAAAUCUCACAACAAAGUUCUCUCAAAAAGCUAGCUCCCUUUGUAGAUGGUGAUGGGCUAAUUAGAGUUGGAGGCCGUUUGCAAUUGGCAGAACUGUCAGAACAAGAAAAGCACCCAUUAGUAAUCCCAGCAUGCCAACAUGUCUCUACAUUAUUGGUCAGACACUACCAUGAGCGGGUGGCUCACCAAGGUCGUCAUUUAACUGCUGGAGCAAUACGAUCAGCUGGUCUCUGGAUUGUAAAGGGAACAAGACUAAUUAACAGUGUGAUUCAUCAGUGUGUUACAUGCAGAAAGUUGAGAGGAAGAAUAGAAGAGCAAAGAAUGUCAGACCUACCCAUGGACAGAGUGACAGUAGAUCCACCUUCCACGUACGUGGGUCUAGAUGUUUUUGGGCCAUGGAGCAUAAUGUCACGCCGUACAAGAGGUGGCAGUGCAGAAAGUAAAAGAUGGGCUGUCAUUUUCUCCUGUCUGAGCACAAGGGCAGUCCAUCUGGAGGUCAUUGAGUCAAUGUCAACUUCCAGUUUUAUUAAUGCCCUCAGACGGUUCUUGGCAGUUCGUGGACCAGUUAAACAUUUGAGAUCAGACAGAGGAACUAAUUUCAUUGGUGCAUGUCGAGAACUAAACAUCAAGACUGAUGAUCCAGAGCUUAAGGGAUAUUUGCAAGAGCAAGGUUGUACAUGGUCAUUUAACGUUCCCCACUCUUCCCAUAUGGGAGGAGCUUGGGAAAGGAUGAUCAACACAGCACGAUGCAUUCUUGAUGGCCUGCUGUUGAAAAGCAGCUGCACACGUCUUACUCAUGAAGUUUUGACUACACUCAUGUCUGAAGUUAUGGCAAUAAUGAAUGCUAGACCGUUAAUUCCUAUUUCUUCUGACCCUGACACAUUUGAAGUUCUAUCUCCUUCGAUGCUCCUCACACAAAAGGCAAGUACUGUACCAGCUUCUCUUGGGGACUUUGAUAUAAAGGACCUUUACAAGAAAGAAUGGAGAAAGGUUCAAUGUCUAGCAGAUGCUUUCUGGACAUCAUGGAAAAGGGAUUAUCUUGCAACUUUACAGGUCCGAAGAAAGUGGACAGAGGAAAAACAAAACCUCAGAGAAGGGGAUGUUGUCUUGCUCAAGGACUCUAAUGUGAAACGAAAUGAUUGGCCUAUUGGGCUUAUUGUGAAAACCAUGGCCAGCAGUGAUGAUAGAGUGAGAAAGGUAGAAGUAAAGAUAGUUAAAGAAGGUGUGGCGAAGGUAUAUCUAAGGCCUAUCUCAGAAGUAGUGCUUCUCCUGCCGAAGAAGCCAUAAAGGGAUAAAUAGUAGUAUAAUAGGUUGUUAUACCAGGCGAGGAGUGUGUGGUCUUCUAAAGCCAUUUGUGGGUUUGGCGCUCCACCUACCGGACAUUAAAGGCACUGCACUAUAUGUACAAUUAAGAUUCACUUUCGUUUUCCUUCAGUGCAUACAGUCAAGGACAACUCACGCACGCGGUUCUUUCGGUGCCUGAUUAAAACGUGGAAACCUUGGAAAUAUAUGUCCGUAAGUCCACAAUUUGAUUAAACAGCAAUUGUAUGUUCAAAGGUUGCAUGUUAAAGAGUCAUUACUGGUUUAUUAGAUUUAUUAUUCCUGUAUUUGCUCUCCAAUCACAUGUUCAUAAUUAGUCAGACAAGUUCAUAAUGCUGAGUGGCGUUACAAAUAUGUUAAUUUGCUGACAUUUGAUACAAAAUGUGUUUUAUUUAAUAGAUUUCCUUAUGUGUGUACAAGAUUUGUGUAAAAAAGAACUAUGUACAUUAGUAGUAGAAUAAUGUCUAGCUGAUUGAACUGAACAUGUUGGGAAUAUCAUUGUCAUGUGAAUAAGAUUGUAUUCUUAUUUUUCCUUUUCCUUUUGUUGUAGUUUUACAAACAGAAUAGAAGAUAUUGUGAGGAACAAUACCCAGUAAAGUCACUCAAGUUA